CUGUGAGUCCUUUUCCGCACUAUGCUGAAGCUCUCAGAGAAGACGGACUCUAAGACAGAUACGAAAAUCCUUUUGGAUGCCAUUUCCAAGGACAAGAUCCACCUAGCUAGAUUUAUCCUGGAUGCUCUGGAUGGAAAAAUCGUCGACUCAAAGACUGAGGGUGCUCACACCCCUCUCAUCUCCUCGGUGUUCCUACCGGACUCACAUGCCAGGUCUAAGUUCAUGAACCUCCUUUUGCAAAGGGGUGCCAACGUGAACCAGCAGGACGAGAGUGGGCGCACGGCACUCAGCUAUGCUUGCGAGAAGGGCUACCUGGAUGCUGUGAAGAUGCUGGUGAGGAACAAUGCUGACCCUGAGAUGGCGGAUGCCUGGGGAAACACGGCCCUGAUGUAUGCAGCCGUCGCAGGCCAUUCCCUCGUUGUGGAGUUUUUGGUCAGGGCUUUUAAGAGGCUAGGUCUCCAAAUAGACCGGCCCAACAAGGUAGGCAACUCAGCAGUGGAGGUAGCCAAAUAUCUUGGCCACACAAAGUGUCUUUCCGCACUCAUGUGCAGCUCCAGAAAAAUAUAUGAACGUAGUAACACCCUGAGUGAAAGAUUGGAAAAUACCAGUGAAGAUAGUGAGGAAAGCAAGGAAACAUCUGAACGAAGGGAUGCUGGUCAAGUGACCCUACGCAGCAAAAGCUUGGUCAAGGAUUCGACGCAGCUCCCGCUGGGCUUGGGCCCAAAGAGAUCUUUAAUUUUACAGGGCAGAAUGAAGUCUAUGGACUCAAUUGAGGAGCUGGAGAGGGAAAUUGACAGUCUACCACCUUCUCCACGAGGCUUCUUAUUCUCCAGGGUCCUCACCCCAAAACCCCCUCAGAGGUCCCGAGUCGUCCUUUUGCCAAAGCAAGGAAUGGACACCUGCACAAGUGAGCACCUGCCGCCAUUAUCCAGGGGUGCGGAGCAUCAUCCUUCGCUGUUACAUUCGCCAAGAGUGGCAAAGGACAUGUCCAGAAGCUUGGCACCCCAGAUUCCUCCAGAUGGUCCCCUGUCCGGUCCACUUGGUAUCCUGCUGACUCCCAUCGGGAAGGCCAACAAAGAAGAGCAUGAUGGAGACGGGUCAAAAAAUCCCCCCUGCGAUUUUAGCAUGAGGCGGUUUGAUGACAGCUAUUACCAGAAGCGGUGCAGCCUGCCCACAAGCGCUCUGGGUCCAGCACGCCUGGAGCAUGCCCCCAAACCACUGCUGCUCAGGCGCUUCACAUUCCCGGAGCUGAAGAGGAGUGGCAAGGAGGCUGUUCGUGGGGUCGGUGGGUCACAGGACCCACAUGGACACAGACAGUGUGGAACAGGUGUGCGGGGGAUGCCCAGGUCAGAGACUUUUCCCUUGGAGCAGAAGCACCCCCAGGUGGGCAGCAAGCCGAGCGUAGACAGCAUCAGUGCGGUAAAGUGCGAGUUUGACUUUCAGCCCAAAGUGGCAUAGACUGCCUCGAGCCACUGAGCAUGUGCUGCCGUUUGCAGAUGAGGAGCAAGAGAGGAAGGACUGAACAGGCAGUGUUUAG